GGAUAGCAUUUUAAGUUUAAUAUAUUCUGUUCUCAGUUGGUCAUAUGAUUUGCCACGCCGUCAUACGAACAUAAUUGUAUGUUAUGAAUAGACACGAGGAAAGCUUCAACUAACAACUCGUCGUAGUAGAUUGUCUCGUGAAAAAAACCUACAAGAUGUUUCUCAACACCAGAGUGUUGUGGGCAUUGAUAGGUGCUAUUGCUGUUUCUGAGGUAUCUGCGCUCAGAUUUACAUCGCCAAAACAUUUGUUCAGCGAAGAGCCGAAUAUCAUGGACGAUCUAAUCCACAUUUCCAAACUAGAACAUGGACGUUUUGCUCGCUCGGCAAACGAUGAGCCGUACAGACCAAGGACUCGACGAGCCAGCACGUCUGCAAGACGACCGCCUAACCCUACCAUAACCAAAUCGGCUUCAUUUUGCAACCACGAUGCACUGCUAAUGCGUUGGUCGUUUGAUAAUGUUCUGACACAAACUGGAACUAUCAUAGCGUUAUGUGUCAGUAUGUCUUCACGUUCAAGUCAAUCGAGUGUCGUCUUUGCUUCAUACGACUACGGGCUAACCUGGCAAAAUAUAAGCAAAAAGUUCCAACCCUCAGGAGAGAAAAUUUCAAUCAAUAACUACUAUUUUGUGAAGGAAAGGCCAAAUUCUAUGAUCUUCACCGACAAGGCGAACAAAAGGGUUUUUCUCACCAAUGAUGGAGCCAAAACAAUCACUUCAAGAACCGUAAAGUUUUCCCCUGAUCGUAUCAGCAUCAAUCCGCAGAACGCAAAUUUGGUCCUUAUUUCUGAUGACACCUCUACUCGCGAUUCUGGCAAAGCCCAAACUCAAGUGCACAUAUCAAAAGAUGGUGGACAAACCUUCAAAAAAUUGAACGAAUUUAUUGAUGUGAAAGCGGCGUGGUGGAGCGAACCAGCAUUGACUAGUGACAAGGCAACUGACCUUUUUAUUGAAGCUAAGGCAAAAGGCGGUGGAGGUGUUCAAGGAUAUAAACUAGAUUGCAGACCAACGACAGUAAACUGUAGCAAUCUUGGUUCACUGACCAGCGGUGCUCCCCUGAAUGGAGAUAUCGUUGACUUUCUCGUUAAAGGACCUUACAUGUUUGUGACACAGCACAACGCGGACAAGAGUGCCAUAAACUUGUUUGUGCAAUACAAAAGAAAAGGGGCAUUCAAGAAGGCAAAAAUUCUAACAUCUAGUCCACUCAAGGAAGCUUUUGUGUACGACGUCUCUGGUGGUCACGUGAUGUUGGUUGUGAACCACCGCAAAAACGAGACCAAUCUGUACAACUCUUUGGAUGCAUCUGGUUUGAAUUAUUCGUUAUCAUUACCAAGAGUGUUGUAUCAUAACCCACAUACCGAAGUUUCGUCGCUCUGGCUAAGAAAUGCAGUUAGAUACCGUUUCGUCGAUAUUUGGAAGGUACAAGCGCUCCCCUCCGUAUAUUUUGCAACGCAGUUGACCCAGGGGCCAGUCGGUGGGAGAUACCUCAUCAGUAUGAUGACUUUCGAUAAAGGUGGAUUGUGGAAAAAAGUACAAGGACCUCCCAAGAACAAAUAUGACAGACCCUGUACCUAUCCCGCGUGCUCCCUGCAUGUUAACCUCAUGUACGGCAGUAUAUACCGGUAUUCCAAAACAACGCCGUUGCUAUCACGCAAAUCCGCCCCAGGAUUGAUCAUGGUCACAGGUGUAUUGGGAACGAAUCUGAAGAUAACACCUGAAACCUAUUUGUCCAGGGACGGCGGAAACACAUUUAAAAUGGUCUUGAGAGGAAAGAGGCGGUACAAUUUCGGGGACCACGGUGGAGUAAUUUUAACGUCUGAUUUUUCAUCAUCCAGAUACCUGCAGUUUUCUGUGGACUAUGAGAAUUUCUAUUAUGUCCGUCUUCCUACCACCCCGACUAGUGUGGAAAUAAAAAAGAUUGUGACGGAACCAGGAGAGAAAGGAGCCGUCUUCCUCGUCAUCGCUUAUGAUCGGGUCGCUGAUCAAUUUUUCGUUUAUCAGGUCAACGCAACAAAUUCGUUAGGAGUGCCGUGCACCAAGGACGAUUUCUACAAUAUGACUGUCGCCGACAUCGGCGUCGGUGGUUGCGCUGUCAAAACAGUCGAAAUACGAAACGCGAGUAGGCGAUGUUUAACUGGAAAGGAGUAUUCCCGCGAGGUUAAAAGCAUCUCGUACAAGAAUUGCAUGUGCCGAAGACGACAUUACGCAUGCGAUAUUGGAUUUCAACCAGACGAACGUGGUAGCUGCAUUUUGAUGGAUAAUACGAAAGUAAACUUAGUACCGAAGAAUUGCCCCGAAGGGUCGUCGUAUAUGAAGUCACGAGGUUAUAUCAAGUUGGACGAUUACAAAACCUGCACAGAGGAUAAUGUCACCUUGAGUACUUUGUCUUACGUUAAAUCACCUUGUCCUGUUGAGAAGUUGGAACUUGCUAGUGUGAAAACUGUUCCCGAAAUGAAGAACAGAAUGGUUAAAAUCGCUCAUGGCGAGACUCUGAAAGUCGAUGUGACGUUGAAAAAUGGUUUUCUGCCUAAUGUAAACUUCAAACAUGUUUUGGAUGAAUAUAAUGUGAGUGGUACUGGAGAAAAGUAUAAAUCCCAUUCUAUCAAAAUGGACAAACCUGGCUCUUUCGUUCUGCACAUAACAGUAUCAAAUGCCAAGAGUGUUUUCUACUACAGUGUUAAUGUGAACGUAAUACGUAAGCUGAAUUCCUCCAUGGCAACGAUCAUGACGUAUCCUGAUGAACCCGGGAUUGAUGAAAACGUCGUGGUUAUGUUACAAAUGGCAAAGUAUUUAAACCCGCGCGAAUACGGGUUUCCUCUGGAUUACUACAAGUGGAAAGUUGAGAGUUUUGAUCCACAAAAAACGUUAGUGGACAGAACAACGUCUUUGCCGUCAAUAACGGUGUCAUUCAACACUUCGGGAAGCAUAAAGAUUUCUGCGACAAUCUCGAAUGGCGCUGAUGUCAGCACUAUCACGGUCACUAAAGACAUCAUGGUCACAGUUGAUUUAAAGCCGAAAAAUGUGAGGCUUUCGUACCAAGAACCAAAUUUGGUUGUGGAAUGGGAUGUGGUCCAAGUACCUAGAAUGUUAUGAGAUACCGAAUAACUUACAAGAAACAAAAAGAUGAACUAUUCCAGGAGGCAAAAUGCAAACCUCAACCUUCAGAGACCAAAUGCGAAAUUUCGGGUGUCUCGUACUACACA